AGCAGCCUCCCUCCUUUGCGCAGGCGUGGAGCACGGAAGAGAAAGGGGGGGGGAGAAACGACAAAAGGUUGGUGCGGCUACGAGAGAGGAAAAGCGGCAGGUCAUAAAGAUCUGGGGAAUUGAUGCCAGCCAUCUCGUCUUGGCUCCCCCACCAUGGCUGCUGCCCCUCAACUCAACUCGGACGCCCUCCGCGAAGUCUUGGAGUGCCCCAUAUGCAUGGAGUGCUUCACCGAAGACCACCUGCGACCCAAGCUGCUCCACUGCGGCCACACCAUCUGCAAACAGUGCUCGGAGAAACUCCUGGCCAGCAGCAUCAACGGCAUCCGUUGUCCCUUCUGUAGCAAAGUCACCCGGAUCGCCAGCCUGGCUCAGCUGACCGACAACCUGACCGUCUUGAAGAUCAUCGACACGGCGGGGCUGAGCGAGACCGUCGGUGUUCUCAUGUGCAAAGCGUGUGGGCGGAGGCUGCCCAAGCACUUCUGCCGGACCUGCAGCCUGGUGCUGUGCGAGCCUUGCAAAGAGUCGGAACGCCUCCACCAGCAUCACCCCGUGGUGGCCAUCAAAGAAGCCGCUGACGAGAAGAGGAGGGACUUUGGGGCCAGGCUGGGACGCCUCCGCGAGCUGAUGGGGGAUCUUCAGAAGAGGAAGGGGUCCCUGGAAGGGGUUUCGAAGGACCUCCAAGGCAGGUACAAAGCCGUCCUCCAAGAGUACAGCAAAGAAGAGCGCAAGGUCCAAGAAGAGUUGGCCAGGUCGCGGAAGUUCUUCACCGGCUCCCUCUCCGAGGUGGAGAAGGUGAACAGCCAGAUCAUGGAGGAGCAAGCUUACCUCCUCAACAUUGCCGAGGUCCAGAUUGUCUCGCGCUGCGAUUACUUCCUUGCCAAAAUCAAACAGGGAGACAUCGCCCUUCUUGAGGACGAAGGAGAAGAGGAGGAACCAGAGCUGAUGAGCAGCCUUCCCAAAGAGCUGACUCUACAAGAGGUGGAACUCCUCAAGGUUGGCCAUAUUGGACCUCUCCAGAUAGGGCAAGUGGUCAAGAAACCCCGGAGCAUCAACGUCGAGGAGACCUUGAUGGAGACAACAGUGGAAGCAUCGGGGUCCUUCAGAGAAGCAGAUCUCCCUGCAGAAGAGGUCAACCCAUUGUCCCAUUGCUCUUCGCCAGCGAAGCCAAGGAUGUCCGAGGCAACCUCCAGCAUCCAACAGUGCCACUUUCUCAAGAAAAUGGGCUCAAAGGGUAACACACCAGGCACGUUCAACCUGCCGGUCAGCCUUCACGUCACCCCGCAAGGAGAGGUCCUCGUGGCGGACCGUGGCAACUUCCGCAUCCAAGUCUUUACCCGUAAGGGUUUUUUGAAGGAAAUUCGCCGGAGCCCCAGCGGGAUCGACAGUUUUGUUCUCAGCUUCCUCGGGGCUGACUUGCCCAACCUGACUCCCUUGUCGGUCACCAUGAACUGCCACGGGCUGAUCGGGGUGACCGACAGCUACGACAACUCGAUGAAAGUGUACACCAUGGACGGGCACUGCGUGGCGUGCCACCGAAGCCAGCUGAGCAAGCCAUGGGGCAUCACCGCCUUGCCCUCGGGGCAGUUUGUGGUGACCGAUGUUGAAGGAGGCAAGCUGUGGUGCUUCACGGUGGACCGGGGAGUCGGGGUGGUGAAGUACACCUGUCUCUGCAGCGCCGUGCGUCCUAAGUUUGUCACUUGCGACACCGAAGGGACCAUCUACUUCACCCAGGGGCUGGGCCUGAAUCUGGAGAACCGCCAACACGAACAUCACCUGGAAGGUGGGUUUUCCAUCGGCUCCGUCGGUCCGGACGGACAGCUGGGCCGACAAAUCAGUCACUUUUUUUCCGAGAAUGAAGAUUUCCGCUGUAUCGCCGGCAUGUGUGUGGACUCGCGGGGGGAUUUGAUUGUGGCCGACAGCAGCCGCAAAGAAAUCUUACAUUUCCCCAAAGGGGGCGGCUACAAUAUCCUCAUCCGGGAAGGUCUGACCUGCCCCGUUGGCAUAGCUGUCACCCCCAAAGGUCAGCUGUUGGUCCUGGACUGUUGGGAUCAUUGCAUUAAGAUUUAUAGUUACCACUUGAGAAGGUAUUCGACACCUUAAGAAGGGAAAAACACAUACAUACAUAUCUUUGUUCUCCACCCCUUCUCCCAUAUCAAUUCUUCCAAGGUCUGUUGACCGACAAUGGUGCCAACAGUUUG